AUGUGUGAUGCGACGUCGGAGGAUCGACUGAUCCUCGAGCGUUACCUGCUAAACGGUGUGUUCGGCAGUGCAUUUGCCUUAUUUGGCUUGAUAGCAAAUGGUCUUUUGGCCACUCUCUUCCUGACCAGAUCCAAUUACAGGCACUCGCCAUUUUUCUUCCUCGGGUUCGUCGCACUUUUCGACACGCUAUUUGAUGCGACAUUUAUACUUCUGCUGUCGAUCCCAGUAAAUGCUGAAUACUUCGACAACUACGUCUUAUUUCUCCUAUGGCUAAACUAUAUGCCAAUUCUCUAUCUGUUUUCACAGAUUUUCAAAAUUGCUUCAGUAUUCUGCCUCAUCAUGGCUAGCAUAGAAAGGUAUUUCAUGACAAAGCAUUGGACCUUCACGGGAUUUGAGCGAAAAACACGAUGGCUAUCGCUAUUGUUUGUUGUUGGAAUGGCGAUUAUUAUCAAAAACAUUACUGCGGACGUUUCCAUUGUUGAAAGAGAAGAAUGUAUUGGUUACAAGCGAUUCAAAAUCACUACACGACAAAGCAACGCAUACCAUAUCGACCUUUUCAAUACUGCAGCUAUAUUCGUGCCAUUUUUCACCUUGAUAUUCCUAAAUGGAGGCAUUGUUAUGAUGCUGAGGAAGCAAAAUGUGCAGCAACUUCGAUCUUUGAUAACCGAGCUCACCAUGGGAACCGAUGUCAUGAAAAUCCGUAGGAGAAACCUGCGAGCAGCAACCAACACCCUCAUUGUGAUCAUCUCCGCCUACCUCAUCUCCAAUCUUCUGAAUGUCUUCCUCACUAUAACGGAAUAUCUUGAUGAAGAGUUUUUGCAUGUCCAACAUCCGAGGUUUUUCCAAUUAGCCGCUGACUUCGCCUCGGUGUUGGCAGUGGUUGGGAAUGAUAUACGAUGUCCGGCGCAUUUUUUGUCAAAUUCGGAAAUUCGACAGCAGUUUGCUUUGAUGUUCUUUGGCGAGGGAGAAGACAAGAAAGUCACCAAUGCACCGCGAAAGUCUAGUGAGCGCCUUGAAAAUCCGUGGAUCUCAUUACUGCUCACCGUACAUGACAAGGACCAACCGAACUCUCCACUCCUUGCAGGACGAACCUAUUCAAAACGCCAUAGUACCAUUGCCAUAUGUUGA